GCCACCUCCAUCUCUGUCUUGUAUCAGUGGCCAAGAUGGUGGAGACAAACCUGGAUCCGUCAUUCUUCCCGGGCAACCACUGGCUCUACUUCUCCGUGUACCUAUUCACUUUCCUGGUGGGGCUGCCCCUCAACCUGAUGGCCCUGGUGAUCUUCGUGAGUAAACUCCGGCGCCGCCCAGUGGCUGUGGAUGUGUUGCUGCUCAACCUGACCCUCUCGGACCUGCUGCUGCUGCUCUUCCUGCCCUUCCGCAUGGUGGAAGCGGCCAGUGGGAUGACCUGGCCCCUGUCCUUCAUCCUCUGCCCCAUCUCCGGCUUUCUCUUUUUCACCAGUAUCAACGUCACCUCCCUCUUCCUGGCAGCUGUGAGUGUUGAGCGUCUCCUGAGCGUGGCCUACCCUCUGUGGUACAAGACCCGGCCGAGACUGGCUCAAGCUGGGCUAGUCAGUGGCAUCUGCUGGUUCCUGGCAAGUUCUCACUGCAGUGUAAUCUAUGUCAUUGAAUUCUGGGGGAACUCCAGCGAAAGCCAGGGCUCUAAUGGGACCUGUUACCUGGAAUUCAGGCAGGACCAGCUGGCCAUUCUCCUGCCAGUCCGUUUGGAGAUGAGUGUGGUCCUUUUUGUGGUGCCUCUGCUCAUCACCAGCUACUGCUACAGCCGCCUGGUGUGGAUUCUUGGCCGGAGCUCCAGCAGGCGCCGGCGCAGAAGGGUUGUUGGCCUGGUGGUGGCCACUCUGCUCAACUUCCUUUUCUGCUUUGGGCCCUUUUAUGUGUCACAUGUGGUGGGCUACAUUCAGGGCAAGAGCCCGAGAUGGAGAAGUUUAGUACUGCUCCUCAGCACUCUGAACUCCUGUGUUGACCCCUUCGUCUACUACUUCUCAUCAUCUAGGUUCCAUGUGGACUUCCAUGAGCUUCUUGGGAGGCUGACCAGCUACUGCAGGCUCUGGCCCUGGCAGUCAGGAAGUUAACUUGAAAGUGAAGCCCAAGGAUGGAGGAGAGUGGUUGGCGCAGGACUGUGUGACCUAGAAAUCAGGGUGGACUCAAGGAGGGCUUCAAAAUAGGUAGCCUUAUGGUGUGUGCUGAAAUUGAGCUCCUCUGGAGUAGAAAGGCAGAGCCAGUGUGUGUCCCCAGCUUAGAGUCUAAGUCAAGCCAGGCAGGACCUUGCAGCAGCAGGCUGGAUUCUGGUUGGCUCUGGGACAGAGCAGCCAUCCGGACUUCCUAGGGGUGUGCUGAACUCUUGAGGUUCCCCCUUCCUUUGCUCCCACCCUUGAGAGGCUGCCCUGGAGGAAAAUGCCCAGGACAGCAGCUGCCCAUGGCUUAGG